AGGAGUGUCUCCGUUUUGGUUCUGUCUACUUGAUUUUGAAAUUAUACUUUGGUUAGAGAGGUAAGAGAAAGAACAGUUGAUAAUUACUGGACCAUACAGUGUUUCUUCUCUGUUAAAAUUACAGUCAGUGGUUUGCCCUGUCUGGAUACGUCACUUUCUUUGCAGGCCGUCACAAAGAUAACAUCAGAACCCUCGUGUUUUCGGCAUAAUUUAACACAGUAAUGAAUUAACUUGGAAAGUUUGCAGAUUUGUUUUUCUUGGCAUCGGUGGAGUUUUUGUCACCUUUGUCCUAUGCGAAGGAUAGCAGCUUCAUAAUGAGCCUUUUACGGCCGGAGGACCAUCUCAUAUGGUAACAAUAAACCUGCCAAACUAGACUACACCCCAGAUUAUCCUAAACUUUGUGAACCUGAUGCUACAGUUUUAGACAAAUGUAUAGUAAAUCUCUGUUUCCUCACAAGAAGAGCUUUUCAAGGUUGGCUUUUAGAUCCUGUUCACAAAAAAAGUGUUUUAUGAGAAAGGCGGAGGUCAAACUUUAACCUGUGAGGACAUACAAGUGCAAAUAAACAAGUCCAUCAAGCAAUUAACUUUACCUCUAUUCUGUUCAGAAUCUGGGGGUUGCUGGAGCCCACCUGGACAAGACGCCCGUCUAUCACAGGGCAGACUUACAGAGACGAACAAACACAUGCACACACAGAGUCACACCUGUGGGCAGUUUUGAGUGACAAGUUAACAGAAGGGAAUAUGUAAACAUCCUUUUUUUACAUUUUAAAUUUGCAAAAUAUAGUGUAUAAAUUUUUCAUCAUCCUCUUUGGUCAAAACUUCAAGUCCAAUUGGGUUCAUAUCAGUUGAAUUUAUGCAAGUAAUGGAUGUAAUACACUCUCCCAGAUGCAUUGCUGACUGUGAUGUACUCACCCUGAUAUUUCCUGACAUUGCUGAUUUCCACCUGUACCUUUGACCACUAAACAGAUGACUACUUUAUGUUUUCUCCUCCCCUCCCUCUGAGGACAGAAUACAUGGGGCCACGGCCUCCCGAGACAUUCCUGACACGAGACGCUGUUAAAUAACUCAGCCUUUAGGCCCACCUUUGGCCUGUCAAAGUCCCCGCAGGGAGAGAAAGAGGAGGAGGACGACAAGGAGGAGGAGGAGAGCAGGUUGAAGAUACACUAGAUAACAGCAAACAGAGACAGGUGAGCUCCUGCUGUGGCCGAGGACACCGAGCAGAGAAGAGCUGGUGAGCUAAUUUCAAAAUACUUAAUUAUGCUGUUAAAACUUUUUCAUAACUCUUCUAUAAUCAUUGAUGGAGACAAAAAAUAACAAAUUUUUCAUAUAGAAGUUAGGGUUGUGAAUUUAUGAAGGUUUGCCAACCAGAUAAAAAUGGGAAAAAAAACUUAUUCCUAGUCCUUUAUACUUUGGUAAAGUGACUGUGCAUUUGUGCCUUUUAAGCAUCCUAAAAGCUUAAUUUUGGUUGAACACGUCAAUUACAGUGGGAAGGUUGUAACAAGUAAACAUACAUCUAGGGGAUGGUAUGAGUUCAACUUGUUGGUAGCUUUCAAAAUUGAGGAAAAUAUUUAGUAUUUUACAACAUGAGUGAGCCCAGUAGUUAAAGGUGCAGUGGGUUGUUUUGUCUAAAUUGCUCGAAAAUCUUGUGGUGGCAAAAACUGUGGUGAGUUUUUAUAGAGAAAGUGUCUUUUAAAUCGUAUCCCAGGUCUAUUAGUUCCUUGUGGUGUUUCCACAGUUUAGCCAAGUUUCAUAUCAUGAGUGUGUAGUUUUAUGGUUUUGUCAUAGACACUGUAUUAGGCUUGAACACCUCACACAGAUUUAGCAUCUGUAAAUGUCAGAUCAGAGCGGGGAGGGAUAAUAAAUGAUCACUGUGUUUGUGUUUCUGGGAAGUUGUUUUGUACGACCAAAAAACCUUUUUUCACAUGACGUUCAAGAAAACAUUGUAGGAAGUCAAAAACCUCUGGUGGAACUACAUCAAUCAGCAAAACAAUCAACAGGCUCCAAAAUAUUACUUGUUCUGAGUCCAUAUACCAACACCAGAGAGGGAUAACAUACCAAUGAGAGGAUUACUGUAAAAGGCGUUCCCUAAGUUAAAGUCCAGGCAGUCGUAAAGGGGAAGCUGUCAUCUCAGUUAAUGUGCCUCAAUUAACCAUUAACUGAUACUAGAGCCUGUGAGGAAGAUUAACUCUUCAUCUGAGUUUAUCAGCACUUUUAUGACCGUGUCCAGGGUUACCUGUCAGUAAAUGUUUUAAUGAUGGUAGUGAAACAGAGGUGACAUAGGACAACACUCUUUAACAUACAUGUGAAGAUCAUUUUCUCUGUAAAUAUUAUUACUGAUACUUUGAAGUUGUUUCUAAAUCAGUUUCUAACCACUCUCUUACAGGACAUGGGCGGGUACAAGCCAAGAGUGAUUUCUCUGACCAAGAAGCCGGGUCAAACUUUUGGCUUCUACCUGAGAGUGGAGCAUGGGGAGGAGGGUCACCUCAUCCGCUGCCUGGAAAUGGGAGGUCCUGCUGAGCUGGCUGGUAUGAAGGACGGAGACCGCAUCCUGAGAGUGAAUGGAGCAUAUGUUGAUGGAAUGUCUCACUCAGAGGUGUGUGGGAUGUAGAGCGCAAAAAGCGCACAAAUUCAGUCAGUGGAGCUGAUAUGAACAAGAUGAAAUGUUAAAAAAGAGGGUUAGAGGAAACCUUAAAAAAUUAAACAUAUUAGUUUAUAACAACCAGUUUACCUACUGUUAAUGAUGCAUAUUUGAUCAGAACCACAAUAAACAAAGUGAAACAAUACAAAAUUAUGAAACUUAGUUUUAACACUUAGAAAUUAGCACCAAUGAAAACAGAAAGAAGGUACUCAUGAAUUUCCUCCUAGUGUUAUCUUGUCAGUACUAGUCUACUAUUGCUAAAACAUUUAAGCCUCCUGUACAAGAAUGGUGAGGAAAGUUUGAAAUGUUAGAAUGGAGAGUCUUUUCAGAUAAAUCAUUAAAAGAGUUUUGAAAAUAUGGAUUUCUUGUCAAGUGGUAGUCGUGAUGGAAAAAAUAAAGAUCAAGCCACUGAGGUCCUGACCUUCACAGCAGCCAAGUCAGAGUGGCAGUAUUUUUAUCAGUUCUUUUCAUAUAUUUGUAGCUUGGCUGUAUUGUUGGUGUCAAAAAUUGGGAAUAACUUGUCAGGCAUCCUUUUAAGAAUAUCAUAUUGCUGUAUGUUUCCUGGGAACAGGUGGUGGACCUAGUGAAAAACAGUGGAUCAUCAGUGACGUUUCAGAUCCUGGAUGAAGCCUCUUACAAGAAAGCCAAAGCAAAGGGAGUGAACCUGUCUGAUCCUAAGGGCGCACCAGUUUCCAACGGUGUCUCCACCCACACUGAAAAACCCAAACCCAAACUCUGCUACGUCACCAAGUCCAGCUCAGGCUUUGGGUUUUCUCUCCGCUCAGUCACAGGUGAGCUGACACCCUCACUGAUCUCAGGUUUGCUUUAACUUCCACUUACCUUUAGUUGUUCAGUUUAUAACCUUGGUGCUCUGAGGUUCAGGUGUACCGCUAAACGUGGUGUCAUCAGUAUUGGGUGUAGUUUCAAGUACUGAUAACAUCCAACCACACCACACCCCAGAUUUGAAACUCUUAAUCAGGGAGAGCAAUGAAACCGUGCUUUACAGCCUGGUCUUGAGUUACUCCUAACAUUUAAUACUGCUGACUCAAUGGAUUGCACUUUUACUGAUUACGCAACAGCAUUUAUGACAAAGACAUGAACAGGUAAGCAUCCAAGUCUUAAACACAGGCCUUUUAAGAUUGUAAAGGUUAUGUAAUUUGUUUGCUAGUUGAAACCAGCUCUUCUGUAUAAAAGUGGGACAGAGUGCAGAGGUCACUCAUUGGUUUCUUAAGCAGAAUUUUGAAGCCCAUAUUGGAAAUGCUGACUCAAACCUCAAACUGGUUAAACUUGAGGGGGUGCAAUGAUAAAAUGAUAACUGUAAAUGUACUGCUGUACAUGGUCAAUAUUGGUUCAUCUGGAACAGUAUGAAAGGUAAAGAGUAAAUGACCAGAAAUUGAUGCAUUGAUACUUUUUGACCAGAAAACACAGUAACACAUGAAAAUGCCGAAAAUCUGUGCUGCAGUUAGAUAGCACAGAUCUGAUCUUACUCCUUUCAGUUUCACAUCUGUCCCCAUCUUUUCGCACAGUCCAGGUGUGCAUUUUGGCUGGCACCUUUGCGUUCAGUGCUAAUACCAUACCACUAUAACAAGUGACAAAAAGACUGGUCAAGUUACUGGCGUAUUUAGCUUCACUUUUGCACACUUUGCAAACAGCUACUAAUUUAUCAGAGAUAACUUAGCCAGGAUGCACCCCUUAAAUACAAUUUCAUAUACAUCAUACAGGGGUGUUGUGCAGCAGACUACAUAUUGAUAACCUGGAUUGUGAGAGUUAAAAUUGGGGUAUAAAUGGGACUCAUUCCCCUACCACAACUAUUUUGAUACCAGGCUGUAAGAAUGUUUAUUAAGGGUGGCCAUAUUCUGACUUCCCAGAAAGAGGAUACGACUACGAGAGUUUUUUGGGUCGGAUCGAGUGUCUUUUAUGUGCUUCUAACUCAGUAAGCCCACGAGACACAAACUGGAAACUUCUGCACAAAACUGUAGACAUUUGAAAGAUUUUAUAAACUUCUCCGGACAAAGCCGGACAAGGCCUGGCAGCCAGGACAGCCCCCCAAAAAGUGGACAUGUCCGGGUAAAAGAAGACGUAUGGUCAUACUAGUUUAUUACUGCUUGAAAGUUGACUGACCAACACAGAUGUUUAUGAGAAUUUCUGGGCUUUAGAGCCAGCCUCCAGUGGACACUCACGGAACUGCAAUUUUUGGCACUGCCUGUUCGCUUUACUUUGCAAAGCCAGGUUAGAGGUAACUGCCCGGUGUGUACUGUCUCUUUCAGAAAACAGCACACCAAAACGUUGCUCAUCAACCCUCAAUUGUUCCCACACCUUAUGUUUCUAGGUAGACAGCGAUCAAUAACCAACACAUAUGCAGUUAGAGGAAGAGCAGGUCAUGAUGGCUGUCAAUGGUUAACCAGAUACUCAGAUUUCUUCAGACAAUUGCUGAUGGGUUUUCAGAUGAAAACUGUACAGUCAAGUGAUCAUGCUGUGUAAGGACCGCAUUGAAGGAGGAUAAAAAGCUGUUAAAUGGAUCAAAUGGCAACAAAGUUCUGAUCCUUUUCACAUAGGUGCUCUAGAAAGAGCGAGUGAGUAUUUUACCAAGAGUGUGAAACUUCCACUGUUAUCAGACUGAAGAGAGCUGUCUGCAGGCUCUCAUCUGAAACAUUUUUACUACUUAUGAAUCUUCUGUUAUUUCAGAUGAGAGGGGUUUCUUCAUGACAGAGGUGAUCCCGGGAGGUGCAGCUUUCGAUGCCGGGGUCAGAGUCAACGACCGUCUUCUGGAGGUGAACGGGGCUGAUGUGGACAACCUGAAACACGAACAAGUGGUGGAAAAGCUCAAGCUCGUCGGCAACUGUGUCAUGCUCCUCCUGGUUGAUGAGGAAACGGAUACGUACUACCGCAACAAACGUAUAAAGAUAGGAGCAUGGUUAGCCACAACCAGGUAUCUCCCUCAUAAGCCACGUAAAAUCAACAUAACCAGAGGACCUGACGGCUACGGCUUCAUACUCAGGAAAGAAUCCAACCAAAAAGGUGAGACUGUAAUCAGUAUCUCUUUUCUAGUGUUUUGAUGAUUGAGUUUUAGGCCUUGUUUUUACUCUGUGCUCGUGUACCUAAUGCAGAGCACUACAUCAAGGACAUAGACAGACACAGCCCAGCAGAGGCAGCAGGACUGCAGGAAAUGGACAGACUCGUGGCCAUUAAUGGCAAGGAGGUGGAAAGCUGCGAUCAUGAGCAAGUGGUGUCCAGAUUCAAGCAAAGUGGCAACAGCUGCUGUCUAUUUGUUGUGGAAAAAGAAACUGACCAAAUGUGCAAGCUGGUGAGUACUUGGCCACUGUGUUCACUUUUUUUAUGGACUCCAGACAAUCUAGGUAACACCUUCUUGUAUCUCUCACAGGCAGGAGUGAGCCCAAUGCUUUUCUGGGAACAAAUGGAUGAUACCAACUCGCCACCCAGUUACACAGAGGCCAUGAGUUCACCCGCUCAGGUCCGAACACCCACACCUGUUCAGGACCCAGAGAUUCUGAAGCCAAAGCUGUGUAGGAUGGAGAAGGAAGCUGCAGGCUAUGGCUUUCAUCUGAACGGGAUACAGGGUGUGAGAGGACAAUACCUCAGAGAGGUAAGACAAAUGAGAGAGUAACAGCAUCACAGCAGGAUUCAAAUCCAGAUGCUAAAACACACCGUUUUUCAGGUGGUGAAGGGUGGAGUGGCAGACAGGGCGGGUCUGGAGGAUGACGACAUUGUGGUGGAGGUAAACGGAGUAAAUGUGGAGAACAGCAGCCAUGAUGAGGUGGUGCAGCUGAUCCGCAGAGGUGGAGACUCCUUGGAGAUGCUGGUGGCCAAGAAGAGCGUGUACGACCAACUCACAGCCAAAGGAGUGGCCAUCACACGCCUCCUCCUUGGCGAGACGUUAUACGCUCAGGUCCAUAAGGCACACACUCCAGAGACCAGCAGAGAGGAGCAAUAUGAGGUGGUCAGACCUGAAACCCCCCCUCAACCAACCAGAGAGAGGGUGAGUGGUGACUUUGAAUAUAGUCACAGAAAACAAGGCCUGACGCUGUGAGGUUCUGUCAAUGUUAACAAUGUGUAACUUAGUUUGUCAGCCAUCUAGAGACUCAUUUGUAGCUUACGUCUACUGUCCCAUGGUAGAAUAGAGGAGCCAGAUUUACAAAAACAAUAUUCCACUGAUGAGUUAUUGAAGUGGGAAGGCGAAAUCUUGAUGUAUUUUUAUUUUUUAUUGUAUUUUAAGCAAUAUGCGUCUUCUUCUCUGACGUACUUAAAGUUUCUGUAAGAUACUUCCUGUUUGUGAAGUGACUUGAGACAAAACAUUUCAUCCUUCAGUCAUAUCUGUUACCAGCUUUAGUGCAACUCAUACCUAAGGCUGUUACCCAACCCCUCAAAUCACUACCAGGCAUUAAAAAUUACAGCACGCAAUUUGUCAAUCUUGCCCCAGAUGAUCUUGUUUGUUUUUUUAUAUCAUAAAAAGACAUUUAUAUGCAUUGCAGUCCAUUUCAUAAAUGUCAAAAAAACAACAACUGGAGCUUUAAAUUCUUUUGGCUGUCAGGUGAUUUACAGCAACCAAUCAGCUGUCAGUCAAGCACACGAUAAAGAGAUUGUGUCUUUUUUGCCUCAACUUCAUUUUAAGGUGAAAUUAAGUACAAUACUUUUAACAACAAAAAGAACUAGUGUAAAAGUACAGAAAAGUAGUAAGAAAAAAAAGCUAUAAGAGUAAAGAAGCUUUAAAGCUUUUUACUUAAAGAAGCUUUAGUAAGAAAUGCUACUCUUCACCUAUACUAACAGCCUAAGACAAAAAAAAUGGGUAGGCUAUACCAACUCAUGUUAGUUGUUUGAUUAGUGCUACAAACUAACAACAAGACUGUCAAACCCUAACCCUAACCUUGGGCGAUCCCUUAAUGUUGCUCCAGCACCAACAUAAAGUCCUCAUUAUUCAUCUACCAAAAACUGACACAUUAACACUCAGUGUCUGAUUUUUGUCUCCUUUUUUCUCUCCUCUAGACCCCGUCUACACGGUCAUCGUCAUCAGAAGCCAGUGUUGAUGAAAGAUUCUAAGAAGCCGCUGAGUGACUCCAUUCCUGAUUCCACCUUAUGUUAAUCAAUCUAUUUAACAAUUAGCUCUCUACACAGCCAAUUUAUAUCACAGGAGGCAGGAAGGCGGAAGGAAAACAUGGACAGUAAUGACUUGUGGAGCUCAGUGUUAUACCGCAAUCACUGUUGAAUGGUGUCAUGUAUAAAAGAUGAGAACAAAGAGCAAUCCUCUGAUGCAAAUAGCAGAUGUUGUCACAGAUGUGUACAAUGACCGAGAAAAUACCUUUUUAAACCUGGCUUUGAUCAUCUUUGAGU